AUGGCACCGAACAAGAGUGAUAAGAGCAAAAAGAGUGAGGCCGUGGAAAAAGACCUUGGCGACAACCUUCUUGCGGAGUGGCCAAUCAUGUCACUCGCAUAUAGGCAAAAGAUGAGGAGGAGUCUUCCACAAUUGCACAACAGCCUACAUCUCUACGAGUUGGCUGAUGUGUUCGAGGACUUUGUCAGAAGCAUUCAACCUUCUGGCAGAACCAUCGCAAGAAGGAUAAGUUGA